AUGGCGGAAGAACUGAAUGUUGACAAGACCCCGGGGUUCAAGGUGGGGGAGAAGAAGACCAUUGAUGAGUAUCAGAAGCUCGACCAGGAUGAUGAGGCUCUGAACAGAUGGAAGGCCUCACUAGGUCUCGGUCAGGGUGACUCCAUAAGCGAUCCCAACGACCCUCGUCUCUGCAUCAUCAAGGCCCUGGCCCUGGAAGUAGAAGGCCGUCCCGACAUCACCAUUGACCUGUCUGCCCCUGGAGCCCUCGAGUCUCUCAAGUCCAAACCCUUCACCAUCAAGGAAGGUUGCACAUAUCAGAUGAAGGCCACCUUCGUUGUCCAGCACCAAGUUCUGUCCGGUCUCAAAUAUGUCCAGCAGCUCAAGCGCAAAGGGAUCCCUCUCGGCAAGGAUCAAGAGAUGAUCGGCAGCUACUCACCCAACACCACCGAUCGACCGGUUCACACCAAGAAAUUCUCCCCGGAGGAGGCCCCGAGCGGCAUGAUGGCCCGUGGUCACUACGAUGCUAUCUCUCGGUUCGUGGACGACGAUGAUACGACGCACUUGAAGUUUGAAUGGAGCUUCGACAUUGCGAAAGACUGGAAGUAA